AUGAAGACAUUUGUCGGCCUGUGUCUCGCCUUCGGUAUUUUGAAGCUGCCAGCACGCAGGGAUUUCUGGAGGCAGACUAAAUGGUUGUACCAGACCAACGUCCCCAAGGCCAUGGCAAGGGACCGUUUCGACAUGAUCUGGAGAUAUCUCCAUCUCCAAGAUAAUACUGAUCCUGUCGUGGACAAAACGGACAAGCUCUGGAAGAUCCGGCAGUGGAUGGACCUCCUCCUGGUUAGAUUCCAGGCACUCUAUGAAGUCAAUGGCUUUGUGACCGUGGAUGAGUCCAUGGUGAAGUACAAGGGACGCCUGGGCUUCCGGCAGUACCUCCCCAUGAAGCCGGUGAAGUGGGGUAUAAAGGUGUGGGUCAUGGCCGAGAGCAAAACGGGCUACGUCACCAAUUUUCAGGUGUAUACGGGGGCCAUUCAGGGUAAGGCAGAGAAAGAUCUGGCUCACCGGAUAGUGUCAGACCUGGUGACCCCUUAUUACGGGUCCAACCUUUCGGUAUAUAUGGACAACUUUUACACCAGUGUGAAGUUGAUGGUGGACCUCAAGGUCAGGGGGGUGCAAGCGUUUGGAACGGUGCGUGCCAACAGGAAGGACCUCCCCAAAAAUGAGCAGCUGACAAAGAAGGCUGAGUUGAACAAACAUCAGUUUAAUGUGGCGCAGCAGGAUGACUUGACCUUCUGCGUCUGGCAAGACACCAAGGCAGUGAUGGUCCUCUCAAACUACCACGACCCGACAGCUCAUGGGUUAGUGAGGAGGAAGUCCAACGGUCAACGCCAGACGGAGGUUCGGGUGCCAGCAUGUCUUGCUGACUAUCAGCAACACAUGAAGGGAGUUGAUCUUCUGGACCAGAUGGUGGGCUACUACCAGAUCCAUCAUCGAUCUACGAAGUGGUGGAGGAGGCUCUUCUUUUACCUCAUUACGGUGGCGUGCUACAAUGCCUUUGUGGCUGCCAGGUCUGCGGUAGGAGCCGAGUGGAAGUAUAGGAGGGGCGGCUACAAGGAUUGGCUGGAGGAUCUGACCCAGGAGCUGAUCGUCCCUGUCACUGCAAGAAGUGCUCCCAAUGUUCUCCCCACCAGCCCAACUGGAGCUUCUGCUGAGCAUGACCUAGUUCAGCUCAACAAUAAGAGGAAGACCUGCAGGGAGUGUUCACUGAAGCACUGCAACACCAACGUGCGUCCUGGAUCAACGCUGAUGGGGUGCAAGCAGUGUAACCUUCCUCUGCACCGCGAGUGCUUCAUGCACCAUGUCCUUCGCCACAAAUAA